AUGUCCAAUGAAAUCCCCCUCAUUGACUUCGCCGAGUUCUACUCGCCUGACCCAGCAGUCAAGGCAAAGGUCGUUGAUCAAAUCCGCGAAAGUUGCUUGUACAAUGGCUUCUUCCAGAUCAGGAACCACUCUGUCCCACUAGGCCAGCAGAGCGCCGUCAUGAACGGUGCAAAGAAGUUCUUCUCCCUAGAUCUGGAGGAAAAGCAAAAGGUGUCUAAGAACAACAACACUUGGAACCGCGGUUACGAGAUGCUUCGAUCACAGAUCCUGGAAGAGGGUACUCAGCCUGAGCUGAAGGAGGGGUUUUACAUCGGUGAUGACAUCUCGCCUGAGCACCCCUACUUCGUGAACAAGAAACUCAACAGCGGGCCGAACCAGUGGCCAGAGCCCCUGGGACACACAUUCCAGGAAUCAGCCAUGACAUACUACAAGUCAACGGUAUUCUUGGCUGCUGAUCUAUUGAAGGCCCUGGCACUUUCUUUGGACCUCGAGGAAGAAUACUUCUCUAAGUUCAUGGACGGCGCCGUGGCAACGAUGCGUUUGCUCCACUACCCGAGCCAACCGGCUGACGCGGAUGAGAAACUGUCGCGUGGCAUCGGAGCUCACACCGACUUCGGUGCUAUCACCCUACUCUUGCAGGACGAGGUUGAUGGGCUACAGGUCUGGGACAAGCGGUCGGAAACAUGGAUCGAUGUCGAGCCCACCAAAGGGGCCUUUGUUGUCAACCUAGGCAACCUGAUGUCACGAUGGACAAACGAGAAAUACAAGAGCAACGUCCACCGUGUCAUCAAUAAGUCGGGCAAGGAGCGCUACUCCAUCCCCUUGUUCGUAUCCGGCAACCCCGACUACCUCGUCGAGUGUAUUCCGACCUGCAAGGCGCCGGGUGAUCCAGCGAAGUUCCCUCCUAUUACGGUCCAGGAAGCCGUAUCUGCGGCUUAUGCCGAGUCCUACGGGAGGGCCCAGCUUUUCAAGCAGGGCUUGGAGAAGGUGGUUGGGAGCACUCCGGCACAAGCUCCGUCUCCAGCAGCUAAUACACCGAUUGCUGCUGCUUGA